AUGGCACCGAUACCACCAUUCGCUGUGGAGCAGUGGAUGGACGACAACGAAACGAAAUGCAAGUACAACAUCGCCGAGACAUGUUGUGCUUCAAUCAGCAUCAACGACCUCUGCGAGCUUUCCGAGAACAAAACAACGAAGCCCAGCGAUCUCAUCGACACCUCUGCCGUGCUCAACUAUGGCGAGAUUAGAGGAAAUAUCGAGCUACGCACCAACCUGAGUCGAUUAUACUCAUCCAAGGUCGGCACACCUCUGUCUCCUGACAAUGUGCUCAUCACUCCUGGAGCUAUCUCUGCCAACCAUCUUAUUCUGUACGGUCUUAUAGGAAAGGGCGACCAUGUCAUCUGCCACUAUCCAACGUACCAGCAGUUGUACUCUAUUCCAGAUUCAUUGGGCGCUGAAGUCGAUCUGUGGAAGUCGAAACCAGAAAACAAAUGGCUACCGGAUUUCGAGGAGCUCAAAUCGAUGGUAAAGGAGAACACUAAGCUGCUCAUCCUCAAUAACCCUCAGAACCCUACAGGAACUGUACUGCCCAAGUCGCUGCUCGAGAAGAUCAUUGACUUAUGCGAGACGAAAGGCAUUGUCAUCCAUUCCGAUGAAGUCUACCGACCUCUAUUCCACGGCAUCACACCCAUGGACAAGGACUUUCCCUCUUCCAUGAUCUCCAUGGGCUACAACAAGACCAUCGUCACCGGCAGUCUCUCCAAGGCAUACUCAUUGGCCGGCCUUCGUGUUGGCUGGGUAGCGACACGGAGCCCAGAACUUCUCGCCGAACUAGCAAAGACCAGAGACUAUACCACAAUCUCCGUUUCGCAACUCGAUCAAGCUGUAGCGGCGUUCGCACUCUCUCCAGACACGAUCCAUGCUCUCCUAAGCAGAAAUAUCCAGUUGGCUAAGACGAAUCUAGAGAUACUUGAGAGGUUCAUAAUCAAGCAUGAUGAGUUCUGCUCCUGGACGAAGCCGGUGGCUGGAACGACGGCGUUUGUCAAGUUCGAGCGAGACGGAAAGCCUGUGAAUGCCGAAGCUUUGUGCAAGAAUAUCCAGGAGAAGACGGGUGUCAUGUUGCUCCCAGGCGACGUUGGGUUCGGUGAAGAUUUCAAAGGGUAUGUUAGGUUUGGGUAUGUGAAUAAGACGGAGAUUUUGAAGGACGCGUUGGAAGAGCUGAGGAAGUAUAUGCGGAAAGAGUUCGACGAUGUGCCACUUAGUGAUUGA